GGCUUGGCGAGAGGAGCUAUGGCGGCAGCUGCGCGGGGGAGCUUGGCGAGCGCUGCUGGUGUGGUGCAAUUCAGUGCGAGCGGGCGGCCGCGGAAGAAUGCAGCGGUUUUGAUGGUGAGAUGCGCUAGCAGUAGCAGCGACAAGGCUGGGUUUUUCGGGAAGCUGGGGCGCGUGUUCAAGGAGAAGGCCAAGAGCGACAUCGAUCGCCUCUUCUCGGGAUUCUCCAAGACGCGGGAGAAUCUGGCAGUCGUGGACGAGCUCCUGACGUAUUGGAAUCUGUCCGAUGCUGAGAAGCUCUUGGAUGAACUGGAAGAGGCGUUGCUCAUAUCAGACUUUGGGCCGAGAACAGCGAUCAAAAUCGUGGAUGGUCUACGCAAGGAUGUUCUAGCCGCAAAGCUCAAAACUGGACAAGAAAUCAAGCUUGCGCUAAAGAAAAGUAUUGUGAAACUUCUUACGAGCAGAGCCGGUAGCACCGACCUCAAGCUCGGGACCAGACGCCCCGCUGUGAUUAUGGUCGUGGGUGUGAAUGGAGGAGGGAAGACAACAACCAUAGGAAAAUUGGCACACAGAUUAAAGAAGGAGAAAGGUGUAAAGAUACUCAUGGCGGCUGGUGAUACGUUUAGAGCUGCAGCCAAGGAGCAACUAGAAGUAUGGGCAGAGAGAACCGAGUCGGAUAUUGUAAGAGCUGAAGAGGGACAAAAGAAACCAGCCCCUGUGUUGUCACGAGCUGUAAAACGGGCAGUCGCAGAGAAGUUCGACAUAGUUCUCGCAGAUACAUCAGGCCGUCUUCACACAAACUUCAGCUUGAUGGAUGAGCUUGAAGACUGCAAGAAAGCAAUCGGGAAGGCUCUUGCCGGAGCCCCAAAUGAGGUGCUGAUGGUCCUCGACGGAACAACAGGCUUAAAUAUGCUUCCUCAAGCGAGAGAGUUCAACGACGUUGUUGGUGUUACUGGAUUUGUGUUAACGAAGCUCGAUGGAACUGCAAGAGGCGGAUGUGUGGCUAGUGUUGUAGAUGAGCUUGGAAUUCCCGUGAAGUUCGUUGGUGUUGGAGAAGGCCUGGAAGAUUUGCAACCCUUUGAUGCCGAGGCAUUCGUAAAUGCGCUCUUUCCAUGACAAGAUCGGUGAGUUUUUGCUGUAGAACUUGGCUGGAUUUUGCUAGAUUUGUAUCGAGAAUGGUACGCGUGUUUAAAUCAAAGCUGACUGGUUAUAAAA